AUGGCUCCUCAAGUCCUGCAGAACGGCGGAUUCAUUCUGGGCUUGAUCGGUGCUGCGGCCCUGAUCGCAGCCACUACCAUGAACAACUGGAGUAUCAAGGACAGGCAGGGGGACGUGGUGACAUCCGUUUACACCUACAAAGGUCUGUGGCAGAACUGUGAGACCCAGUCCUCUGGAUUUACUGAGUGUCGCCCUCUCUAUGGCCUCUUGGGUUUCCCAGUUUCCUUCCAGGCCGUGCGAGCUCUGAUGAUAGUGGGUGUGGUGCUGAGUGUGCUCGGGGCGGUGAUAUCGGUUUUCUCCCUGACCUGCCUCACAGUGAACAGCAUGGAGGACACCACCAAGGCCAAGAUGAGCCUCACCGCUGGCAUCAUGUUCUUCAUCGCUGGAGUAUGUGGCAUUGCAGGAGCUUCUAUCUAUGCCAAUGAGAUCGUGACCAGUUUCAGGAUGGCUGCCUACAACAACUAUGGUGGAGGAUAUGGAGGAGGAGGAAUGAUGGAGGGAGGGAUGGGAAUGGGUGUGUUGACCAGAUACACAUUUGGCCCUGCCCUGUUUGUAGCCUGGAUCGGAGGGGGCGUCCUGAUUGUUGGUGGCAUCCUGAAGUCAGUGGCUUUCAAGGAAAUGGUGAAAGAUGAAAAACCACGUUACCCUGGGGUUGUUUACAAGCCUCAGUCCCACACCAAAACCGACCCCGGUGAUGAGCACUCAGAGGGCGGCAGGAAAGACAACAGAUAUGUGUAAUUUCAGCCGGAGCUAAAGCUUUGAUGAGUUG